AUGCCUUCAGGUCCCCAGCAGGCGCCAGCGCCAGGGAACAAUCCUAGUGCUAACCACCCUCCUGCACCUACACCAGCUGCAAGCAACCCUGUUACUCAGAGUACGAAUACCUCUACUACUGUUGUGGGAGGAGGAGUAGUAGCUCUUCCUCUUCCUGGACAGAGAGGAGCACCCAGAAAGUUUAAAGGCAAGCACUCGGAUGUGCUCCCUUUCCUACGUUUUUAUGGAUUACUCUGCGACAAGCACAAUGUCACUUCAGACAGAGACAAAGUGGAGAGUAUUUUGCAUUACUGCUCUCGCAGUGUGCGCAAGUUUAUGGAAGGUCUUAGAAGUUAUCAGCGCAGAGACUGGAAUGACUUUGUCUCUGAUGUCAAGAGAUUCUAUGAAGCAGACAAGGACCAGGAACGAUUCAUGGUACGUGACCUGGAAAAGUUAGCUCGGCAUAGUCGUGUCAAGUCCAUCAAGACCAUGGCAGCCUGGGUGAAGUACUGUCGUGACUUCAUCAGGAUUGCAGGAUGGUUGAAGCAGAAAGGGCGACUUUCAGACUACGACCACGACUACUACUUCUGGGUAGGCAUUCCUGAUAUGUUCAGAAACAGUGUAGAGUCCCGCCUACUAGCCCAGAACCCUCAACAUGAUCUUGCCAACCCCUUCAAGGUUGAUGAUGUGUGUAAAGUAGCAGAAGCGCUACUGCAUCGCCAUCGCUUUGAUAGAGAUCGCCUGUUGUCAGAACCUGAGUCUGAGAACUCAGCCUCUGAGACAACUACGGAUAGUUCAGACUCAGAAGAUGAGGAUGACUGGUCAGAUGAAGACUACGUAAGGCGAAAGAAUUUUGAGCGAGAGACACCACCACAUCUCAGUGGUGAUGCUUUCCCACCUCGUGGACCUUGCUGGGGAUGUGGCAGUACAGGGCACAACUUGUCACGAUGCCAGCAGCUGCAGGACUACAUCAAUCAGGGUGUAGUUAAAAAGGAUGAGCGGAAUCGCUUUGUACUGAGCAAUGGAACAACACUGUUCAGGAACCAGGAUGAGACAUGGAUUGCAGCUAUCAAACGGGCCACAGCUCCUCAGACCAAUCUCAUCACGAUUCCGCCUACUCCCAUUCCUGUGGCUCCUAGGCCAGUACCUAUAGAGGUUAAGCCAGCUGCAUUUGAUCCUGCAGAUGAUGAUGCCAUAAUGGAAGAUGCGACAGUGCCUCCAGCUGAUCAGCGAAGGAAGAAGCAAACAGGCCGUCCUAUGGAGCAUGCAGGAAAUGAGGAGCCUGCUCAGAAGAGGCCUAGAAGAUCAGAAAUCCAGGAGCAUGUCAAUCCCAAGACUAUGCUGGACCGAGUUCUCAAUGCGCCUAUUACUGUAGCAGUUGGUGAACUGCUGGCAGUAUCCAGAGAAAUGACUCAGCAAGUACAGGAGGUCAUUCGCCCAAAGAAUGAGUUUGCAGCAGCAUGCAUGGCUGCAACAGCUUUUCCCUGUCGUCAGAAAGGCCAGCUAAUACGCCUUCGCCUGGAAUGUGAUGGAAUACCUAUAACAGCUAUAGUGGACACAGGUUCCCAGCUGAAUAUAGCACACAGGAAAGUGUGGCAAGGUGCAGUUGGGCGGCCCAUGGAUGUAACACGCAAGAUUGUAAUGGGAGACGCAAAUGGCGGAGAGGGCAUUCUACAAGGAUUUCGCAUUGACGGUACCUACUUGCUCUUCAAGGACAACACUCUUACAGUGCGAUAUGAGAUGCUGGUAGCACCCGAGCAUGAU